AUGCUGAGUCUUCUCAACGCUGCAGUGAUUGACGAUGACGAUAUCUCGAAGACUUAUGACCACAUCGAAAACGCAUCGACUACCACAAGCAAUCAACUAGCUAGCCUCGUAGAAGCGCACAAAGAACGACCACCACAGUAUACGUCAAACUUUGCCAGAGGGGUCGAUGAAUUAGUGGCAACUAAAGGAAUUGUGUGGAAGACGAUUACGCAUGUCAUGCAGCGAACCGUGCCAACACAGGAAGUGUUGCAAACUCUUCUUGUGGAAAUAGAGGGUUGUCUUAAUACGCGUCCACUCACUUACCAAGAGUGGGACGAAAACCCAAUAUCGCGCCCAACUGACUUCAUACAACCUGAUAUAAUCAUCAGCUAUCCCUUUGAGUUGAUCAGGGCGGAUGAAGAGGACGCCAGUUAUUUUCUUCCUGGUGAAGCUGGACUGCUGAAGAACCGCCAGCAAGCAGAAGACGCUCUGAAAAGCAGUCAUCAACUCACCGAACGUUUUUGGAGUAUAUGGAGUCAGCAGCAUUUGACAAGUCUGCGAGAGUCCCAUAAACUGCACAUCAAAAACAAACGUACCACUCCCAAACUCCCGUCAAUUGGAACAGUCGUUCUAAUUGCUGACGCAGUGAUACCUCGAAACGUAUGGAAAUUGGGAAGGAUAAUAGACCUCAUGCCAUCAGCCACAGGAAUGGUCAAAGAAGCAGAGCUUCAGACUCCUAAUGGUCGAAAAACACGACGUCCAAUAAACCUUGUCAUCCCACUGGAGCUGAAUAAUGCAAAUGACGCAGACGACCAGCACCAACCUGAGAAUCUGCGCGCAGAAGCCGAUCGAGUACAUCACCAGAGGUAUGACCUACGCCCGAAGAAGAAGCAGGACGCAUACGACGACAACCUCGAGCCAAUUGUGCCGUGCCAGGAAAUUCUAGAAACGAAGUUCAAAAAUGAGCUCACCGCUCUGGACGAACUUCAUGAGGGGGUGCAACGUGAACGCGACCAGCGAAGCUUUGAGGAGGCCAACACCAAAGACCAGUUUGAGCAUCAGUGCAUGUCAGCUCUCCAAACCUUUCAACACUCGGUCGACACCAUACCUCGACACCACAUGUCGCCAGAAGAGCUGAGCCAAGCACUCAGCACCGAAUACUUCGCGAAGUAG